AUGACUUCUAGUUAUGCACAUGUAAUGGACAGGCAAGCCACGAUAUCAAACCGCCUGGAAAGCCCCAUCACGUCUAACCUGGACAAUUUGCAAGCAAAAAAGAACUUCUCGGUUAGCCACCUGUUGGAUCUGGAAGAAGCCGGGGAAAUGGUUGGCAACCACGCAGACGAAAACGUCGGGGAAGCAGGAAGAAGUAUGCUGGAAUCCCCGGGACUGACCAGUGGAAGCGACACAAACCAACCGGACAAUGAGCAGAUGAACACGGAGGAAAAGAAGAAAAGGAAGCAGCGCAGAAACAGAACCACUUUUAACAGCAGCCAGCUCCAGGCUCUUGAGAGAGUGUUUGAAAGAACCCACUACCCUGAUGCUUUCGUCCGAGAAGACUUGGCACGCCGGGUCAACCUUACAGAGGCCAGAGUGCAGGUUUGGUUUCAAAAUCGGCGAGCGAAGUUCCGUCGGAAUGAACGAGCCAUGUUGGCCAGCAAGAAUGCUUCACUUUUGAAAUCCUACUCGGGAGAGGUUACAGCAGUGGAGCAGCCAAUUGUACCACGCCCUGCACCACGCCCAAAUGAUUAUCUUUCCUGGGGUAACACUGCCCCAUACAGUGCCAUGGCCACCUAUCCACCGACUUGCUCCAACACGAAUACUUCCCAGGGAAUGAACAUGGCUAACAGUAUUGCCAACCUGCGGCUCAAAGCAAAGGAAUACAGCUUGAACCAGGUGCCCACAGUCAACUGA